UAUGGAAUCUGUUUUUGGACAGAAAGCGUAAUUCACGGGCGCGUAAAGAUACGGACCCACACUGCACUAUCCAGCUGAUGCUUGCCCCUGGCCCGUGUCAUCUCGGGCCCGUGGCGUAUUGGACGGCUUUUGUGCUGAACUCUGAAGAGCAGGCAGCGCCGCCAGUCUCCCUCCGUCUCACUGUUCACCUUCGCCGAUCCUCACCGACGCCUUCGCUUCGUCUUUCUCUCUUUCUCUCUCUCUCUCUCUCACGUCUAGAGAAAUGGCUUGCAUCCUUCCCAACGGUGGAAAUUUCUGAAUGCACCUCGAAGCCAAGGAGAAGAAAAGAGAACUUUCUGUGAAAUUGUUCGUUCAUAAAGCACUUUCCUUUGUCGCACAAGACCAUUACUUCACAGAUGAAACAUUUCUUUUUAGGUUUGAUCACAGAGCCCGUUUCUUGCUUCACGGUGAAGCUAAUACGAUUUGCCUUUAUACCUGCAUACACACGUAUAUUGGCAUUGGGUUGGCGAAGAUGAACUUCCAGCAGAGUGUGGGCUCCCACAGUCCCAUUCCCCAGAACCAAGCAUCACCCCAAGGCCAAGAUCGCCGAAACAACAGAGACACCUGCUUCAGUUGCGGAGAGCAAGGCCAUUGGGCUAAAGACUGCCCCCGCAAGCAUAAUCAUAUUUAUGAGGACGAUUGUGGGCAUAGUAGGAGGCCAGAGGCUAGCUCUCCACCUCCGCCCACCACCGGAGAUUCGGAAACGCCAGUUGUUCAGUGCCCUUGUGGCGCUGGGACUUGCAUUGUGAGGAUUUCUCGCACCACAAGGAACCCCAACAGGAAGUUCUACGCCUGCCCUUCUAAAUCUGAAAAAAAAUGUAAUUAUUUUAAGUGGUGUGACACAGUGAAGGAAGGUGACAUAAACAACUCUCCUAAACACAAGUACCCUAUGUGUUCUUGUGGUGCUGGGAUUUGCCGUGUUCUUACUGAAAAAAAUGGACCAAAUGCGGGUCGAACUUUCUAUACCUGUCCGUUAAAAAAGGGUCAUGGAGCUUGUAACUUCAUUCAAUGGCAAGAUCAAGAAAAUACCACGGUUAACCUUAAUGCAAAGGAAAGCAGUUGCUUGGGUUCUAUGCGAUCUACAUCAAAUGCUCAAAAGGACAUAAGCAUCAUAAACAGUUGCUUAAACAAGGAAAGCACUUUGAGUUCUGAGCAUUUGAAGAACAUGGGUGAUGGCUCGCUAGUGAUAGAUAACGGCAAACUUUCUCCAAAUCAUGCACUUGUGCUUGAAAACAUGGAGCCACCAAAAGAAGAUCAAGAAAAUACCACGGUCAACACUAAUGCAAAGGAAAGCAGUUGCUUGGAUGCUAUGCAAUCUACAUCAAAUGCCCAAAAGGACAUAAGCAUCGUAAAUGGUUGCUUAAACAAGGAAAGCACUUUGAGUUCUGAGCAUCUGAAGAACAUGGGUGGUGGCUCACUAGUGAUAGAUAACGGCCAACUUUCUCCAAAUCAUGCACUUGUGCUUUUUGAAGAAAACAUGGAGCCACCAAAAGAAGAUCAAGAAAAUACCACAGUUAACAUUAAUGCAAAGGAAAGCAGUUGCUUGGGUUCUAUGCGAUCUACAUCAAAUGCCCAGAAGGACAGAAGCAUCAUAAAUAGUUGCUUAAACAAGGAAAGCACUUUGAGUUCUGAGCAUCUGAAGAACAUGGGUGAUGGCUCGCUAGUGAUAGAUAACGGCCAACUUUCUCCAAAUCAUGCACUUGUGCUUUUUAAAGAAAACAUGGAGCCACCAAAAGUGAGUUGGGCGCAUGAUGAUAAGUUUAAUAAUUCUUCCAUAGUGCAUAACAAUCCUUUAGGCCCUGGGAAGAAUGAGGAUUUUGUCCUUGACUUCCCUAGUGGGAAAAUUUAUUCUUUAGAGCAAAAUAAUCCUAUAGGAGAUGGGAUUGAGAAGAAUGAUAACUUUGUCCCUCACAUCCCUACUAGGAAGCUGGUGUUGCCGCAGACAAAUUCAUGGGAUUCCUUGGUAGAGAACGUGCACCAACUUCACAUUUUAACAUCUCAAACUGAGUUUCAUCACCAACUGGCGGAAUUUUGGAAACAAAUAAGUUUUGCCAAUGCUACUUCCUCUGGUCUUUCAUUUCUUGGUUGGUGGGGCAGACUUGCUUUCCCUCCUUCCCGAUGCUUAUGUUCUUCUCCACAUAGGCCUUUUUAUUGUUUGGGUAUUCAAGGAUCAAUGACACUACCACAUAGUUCUUUAACUAUUGAAUGUGACAAACCAUCAUUCAAUACUGCCGGUCAAGAUCAUCAGUUUUCAGGUGGGGUUCUUCAAGAGCCAUCAGAACAUAAAAACCCUCCUAGAAUGGUGCAAGGAAAUGUCAUGACUGGGUUAAUCUUAGAGGCAUUUAGGCAGGCAGCAGUUCAUGUACAGAAUGAGCUUAUCACUCUUUUGGAGUCUAUGGAUCCUCUUGAUCAUGAAGUCAUGACGCGAGAGGCAAAUUCUGCCUUUGCUGCUUUGGACUGUUUGUCUAUUGAUUACAGACCCUUCCACAAGCGUGUAAAUGAAUUUAUUUCCUGUGCAUCAUCACUGGCGAAACUUGAAGAGUGCAACUGGAAUAAUGUCUCUUCUAGAGAGCUUGUUGGCUGGUGUAAUUCUGAGAAGGCACAGUUUGAUCGUAUUACUCGCAUUCAUGCUGAAGCAAUGGCAGCUGUUACAAUCUCUAAAAAAAGCUUUCAAUCGCUUCAUGAAAUGAUCUUUUGCACGAGGAACCUGCUUCUUCAGAUUGAGAAUCAGUUAUCGUAUUGUGAGGCCAAGAUGCUGAACAUCGAGACUCAGCUAAUUCAAAUAUCUGAAGACAUGUUCCGAUACAAUCAAAUUCUGCAGGCUUUAUCCCGUAAAGCUGCAGAAGCUUUAAAAAAUGGUAGGCAGAUAGAAGCGGAGAGAGUUGCAGCUAGGGCAGCAUUAGAGAAGGCAAGGCUGCAGCUUCGGAAGUGAAGUAAUUUAUCCUUUUUUAUGUAUAAGCAAGAAUCAUCUUUGACUAUAAUGUUGGAUGUGAUUUCUUAUGUAAGUCAACUUUUGUGUAAAUUGAUGUGUCCUACCCCUAUUUCCUUCAGUUUUGUGUUCUCGUGUCUGUGAUGAUGUACUUUGCUAAUGUAAAUAAAUGUGUGUUUAUUUCUUGUA